UGAUUUUCAGGCAAAAUCCCCAGCAGGAGACCCAGCGAAAAUCAGGGAAGCAACAUCGGAAAUUAUCCACUAACUGAAAGAAGCAAUAAACUGGAGAAGAAAAAUCUCAGUUUAGUGCAUAGCAGUAUACAAGCCUUUUCUGCUGAUUCCAAUCAACUUCUAAAGACGGCUGAAAACGAAGAUAUCAAGACAAUAAAACCGAGCCAAUUUAUUAAAAACAAAAGUAAAUCCAGGAAGAAGGCACACCCUCGAAAAAAGCCCCACAAACCCGUACCCAUUGUGAGCCCGAUUAAGGGUGAUAGCAGUGUACAAACAUCAAGUGCUGUCCCCUUAUUACCUGAUCGUCCAGUAUUUACAAUGAAACUGUAUGAACCAGGCCACUUAAACGAAGAGAUUGAUAUACAGAGGCUAUGUAGGCACAGGGGGUUAUCUCUAAGGCUGCUCAUUCUAAUCACCUCAGCACAGACCCAUUUUAUGGCGAGAAUGUCCAUCAGGCAGACCUGGAUUCACUACGGAAGCAGGCGAGAUGUCGGCAUUGCCUUUAUGCUUGGACGCACCACGAAUGCGACCCUGAACGAGGCUCUCAACAAGGAGAACUAUAUAUAUGGCGAUAUGAUUCGUGGAAACUUCAUAGACUCGUACUUCAAUCUAACUCUGAAGACGAUCUCGAUGCUUGAAUGGGCAGAUACGCACUGUCCCAAUGUGAAAUUCAUCCUUAAGACAGAAGACGACAUGUUCAUCAAUGUUCCUAAACUGCUCAAUUUCAUAGGCAGUGAAAAGGAUAAUCGUACGAUCUAUGGUCGCUUGGGGGAUAAGCGGAUGCCCGAAAGACAUAGCGAGUCGAAGGAGAAACAACAUGGGGCCAUAGAGUACCCAACGUAUACCACCGGACCCGCCUAUCUCCUCACUGGAGAUAUUAUCCAUGAGCUAUACGUGCAAUCGCUGAGAACGAAUUACCUUCCACUGGAGGAUGUGUUCACGACAGGCAUUGUGGCCGAGAACUUGAAGAUUAAGAGGAUGCAGUCUGAUGAUUUUCGCAACGUUCGCACCUCGCUUAACCCGUGCUACAUCCGCAACGUGAUAAGUGUGCAUAACAUCGAGGCACACGAACAAUUCUAUCUUUGGAGGAAGUUGCUGGACCCUACUAUCAAGUGUAAAACAGUUUGGCGAAUAUACUGCAGCGCUGUACAACAGCCAAAGUGAACUCCUGUAAGUUUCGACAAAUGGAUUGAUCCACAAAUUGGCAAAUAUGCUGACGUAAUCCAUAAAUAUAUGUGAAAAGAUUAAAAUGUAGCUAAAUUGUAUGUACGUAUACGCACUUAGGUACAUACAUAUAUCUUAAGUGAUGGGAAUAUUACAAAAGUUUUUAACCGCA